AGUCAAUGUUAGAAUGGGGUUUUUAUUUAUUUUCCAAAUCAAAUAUUAUUAAUUUUACAUUAAAUCACGCAUUACGCAAUUCACCAAUAUUUUCUUGGCCAGUGGAAGUCGCAACUCAGCUUAUUAUUGCACUAAAGGCUCGACCAGCAAUGGCGUUGUUCACCGGUCGGCGCACUCUAGCACGCUUCCUCUCUCGAACCCUCUCUCAAUCCUUUUCUUCCUCCUCUUUAUUGGCCUCUUCUCGUUCUCGAUUCGCUUUCGCCCUUAUCGAUAAGCACUCCCCGCCACUCGUUUCCAACUCAGCCCGAGUUCCGACACGCUUGAAGACGUCUGGGUCCGGAUACUCGCCCCUGAAUGACCCGUCUCCGAACUGGAGCAACCGACCUCCAAAGGAGACGAUUCUUCUCGAUGGGUGCGACUACGAGCACUGGCUCAUCGUCAUGGAGUUUCCCAACGAUUCCAAACCCUCCGAAGACGAGAUGAUUGCGGCUUAUGUCAAAACUCUAGCUGCAGUUGUGGGAAGUGAAGAGGAGGCGAAGAAGAAGAUCUAUUCGGUUUGCACGACUACAUAUACUGGGUUUGGUGCAUUGAUAUCCGAAGAGCUUUCUUACAAAGUUAAAGAAUUACCCGGUGUUCUUUGGGUGUUGCCUGAUUCAUAUCUUGAUGUCCCCAACAAAGAUUAUGGUGGGGAUUUGUUUAUCGAUGGGAAAGUCAUCCACAGGCCACAGUAUAGGUACAAUGAGAGGCAGCCAACCAGGAGUAGGCCACGCCCAAGGUAUGAUAGGCGCCGUGAAACAAUGCAGGUUGAAAGAAGAGAACCAAUGCAACGGGACAACUGGGCCCAAGAUCGGAGAGAACCAAUGCAUCAACCCACGUCCAUGAAUGACCAGAAUUCACCUCAGGGUGGCGGUAGAGAUCCCUCUCUGAACUAGGAGCAGUGCCUGAGAAUUCAAGAGUCACCAAAAUUCAGAACUUUGAAAAUUGAAUUAAGGUUUGAUGUCAUAUUUUUCGUGUAUUAUGGACAAUGACUGUGUUUCCCUUGCAUUGCAGCUGAGUAUGUUUCAUGGUGAACUUAAACUCAUUGUCUAUAAUCUUUUUGAAGAUAAGACAUGUGGAUGUUCUGUAGGUCCAUUCAGAUUUUUUUUUAACAGAUGAGAGUACAACCUGAGGUUCUUCUUGAA